CUACUUUUACACCAACCAACAUCUUUAAAUUAGUUCUCUCCCCUAAAGUCCCUAGCUAAGUGAACCAGUUCAUUGUUUUGGCUCUGAUUUUGAAAAGAUGAAGAGAAGAUCAAGUUUAGCAGGGAGCAGAAUCCAUCUGCAGUUUGAAAAGACAGAGAUCAAAUCAUGUGGAGAGUUGUUCAAGAUUAUAAGUACAGAUAAAACAGAUGAAGAGCGUCUAGCUGCACUGCACAGACUCAGCUUGGAGUACACACUGCAGAAGUUAGAGGAAGAAAACCCUAACUUAGGGGGACUUCAGGAUAUGAAGAAAGCAUUGUUGGAGCAAGGUUUAAGAACUAUUUCUGAGUUAGAGGAAAAUGGAGGAUUUAAACAAGCUUGUAACAAUGACAGAAUACUGGCAGAGAACCCGAGUAAUUUGGAAUUGGAUGAAAUCAUAGAAACUUUGAUGAACUAUAACACAAGAGUGGGGGAGGAGAUAGAGCAGUGGGAGAAGUUACUGAAGGACUCCAGUAAAGCCAUAGCUGACUCGGAGGCACUGAAGCCAGACGAACUACCCCCUGUAACAUGGAAGGAAGUAAUGGUUGAUGAAGCUGCUGCUGCUGCUUAUUUACCAGGACCUCUCGAUGCUGGCCUAUACAACACACUGAGAAGAACGGUCCUGGAAGUCAACAACACAGUGGAAAAAUUAUCAAAGACAGUUUCAACAGUUCAGAAGAUCCAGACCAUUUGUGAUAAUAUUGUGAAGGAAAAAUGUGAAAAAUUCCAGGCGGAUUAUUUUGAAGACAACGUUAUGUUCACUCCACGGACCAUAAUUCAAAAAAUCAUUGACCAUAAGACUCCAAAGGUUUGAAGCAGGUGUGAAAAAUCAGUUGUCAAAGACAAAUGUGACCAUCACCUAGUAGUGCAACACAAGUUUAAAGCAGGGAACAGACUGUCUUGUGAACCCAAUAUUUGUACUUAGGAAUCCUGUUGGUAAUCUGUCAGUGAGUCCAAACUUAAACUGUAAUGUAGCUGUUAUAUAUACAUUGCAGCAGUUGUUUAUCAUUCAAUAUCCUCUGAACAAUUGUGAUAAUAGCAGUCUGUAUGCAAAAUUAUACUGAUUUGCACGAAUCUUUACCAGUAGCACUUAUUUUAGCUGUAUCUGUCCUCUAGCAAUUAUUUUGGCCAAAAAAUUCAAUGAGUUUGUUCCGAACUGCUGUCCUGUUUGAAAGAGAAUUGCUUUCAAAACUGCGAUUUAUUACACCUGCUAAAACAUAUUUUGUAUAUGGAUUAUAUAAUAAUCAAAAACUGUAUAAAAUGAUGAAUACUAAUUAAAACUGCUAAAAACUGGAAGAUUUCCUUUUAUGCCAUUGUGAAACAGUAAAGCCUAUCAUUAGACCCCAAUUCUCUAUGACUAUUUUCAAUGAAAAUUACUGUAUACAUAUGUGUAUAUUUAUAUUACUGUAUACAUGUGUGUAUAUUUAUAUUACUGUAUACAUGUGUGUAUAUUUAUAUUACUGUAUACACGUGUGUAUAUUUAUAUUACUGUAUACACGUGUGUAUAUUUAUAUUACUGUAUACACGUGUGUAUAUUUAUAUUACUGUAUACACGUGUGUAUAUUUAUAUUACUGUAUACAUGUGUGUAUAUUUAUAUUACUGUAUACAUAUGUGUAGAUAUUUAUAUUACUGUAUACAUAUGUGUAUAUUUAUAUUACUGUAUACAUGUGUGUAUAUUUAUAUUACUGUAUACAUGUGUGUAUAUUUAUAUUACUGUAUACAUGUGUGUAUAUUUAUAUUACUGUAUACAUGUGUGUAUAUUUAUAUUACUGUAUACAUGUGUGUAUAUUUAUAUUAUAUACAUGUGUGUAUAUUUAUAUUACUGUAUACAUGUGUGUAUAUUUAUAUUACUGUAUACACGUGUGUAUAUUUAUAUUACUGUAUACACGUGUGUAUAUUUAUAUUACUGUAUACACGUGUGUAUAUUUAUAUUACUGUAUACACGUGUGUAUAUUUAUAUUACUGUAUACACGUGUGUAUAUUUAUAUUACUGUAUACAUGUGUGUAUAUUUAUAUUACUGUAUACAUAUUAAAUUUAUAUAAAAAUACCAGUUAUCCAGUUUGCACUGUAGAUACAUCUACGACAGUCAGUGUACCGUUAUACAUCAAAUAAUGCUUUUGUUGAUUUGUACUCCUUUAUGUAAAUAAAUCAAAGAUAUCCAUAGUAAA